AUAAAAGCGACAUUGCAUCAGCUACGACCACAUUAUAAUUUUUGAACCAUUCUCAAGUUGUGUUCUUGAAAUAUAUUUUAUCAAAUCAAAAUGUCACGUAUCCUCGCUAUGGACUGUGAAAUGGUCGGGAGUGGAAACAGGAGUCUGCUGGCGCGUGUGACUAUCGUCGAUGAGUACGGGAGGGUGAUUUUAGACGAAUACGUGAAGCCUACAGCCGUGGUCACCGAUUACAGAAGUUGCUACAGUGGAAUUAAAAAGAGACAUCUAGAUAACGGCAGCGACUUCUCUGUAGUCAGAAACAAAGUGGCCAAUCUUAUAAAUGGAUGUAUUCUUGUGGGGCACUCCUUGCAUUUCGACCUCGAGGCAUUAAGCCUGUCUCAUCCGGAGAGCAAACGUAGAGAUCUAGCCAAGUAUGAAUAUUUCACAAGGAACAAUGGCGGGCAACCUGUUGCUCUGAAAACUCUUGCCAGAUCCUAUUUGGGAAGAAUUAUUCAAGAUGGCGAACAUGAUUCUGCGGAAGACGCUAAAGUUUGCAUGGACUUGUAUCGCAAGUUCUCAAACAAUUGGUAAAAAAUAAAUUAUAGUAAAAAAAAAAAAAAAAAAAAAAACGCUUUUGUAGCU